AUGGUAGUCGGUAGAUCCGUAGUAGAUGAGCAGAAAUCAAAAUUCAAGAACAGGGAGGUCAUCUCAAAAAUUUUUUUCGGACAAAACAAAAAAUUUUCCGGAGAUAUCACAUUUUUUCCUAAAAAUGAAAAAAUUUUUCCGCACAUACCAAUAAUUUUUCCGGAUAUAUCAUAUUUUUCCCGGAAAUGGUAAAAAUUCUCCGGACAUAACAUAAUUUCAAGUUUUCAAAAGUGCCCUUUGGGCAAAAAAUGCAAUCUGAACGACAUUUUUCACGCAACAAAAAGGGCACUUUGCUCCCGAAAAAAGGGCACUUUUGAUAACUUGGGGGGCUGCCUGCCCCGUUCCCACCCCCCUUUUCAAGAAGAAAGGAAUUUUGUAGUCUCCUUCGCAGGGGAGAGCGGCUGCGAAGGAGACUAGGAAUUUUGCGGAAACCAAGGAAUUUCAGGUCUCUUGGCAAGGAAUUUGAUCGUAGUAUUGGCAGUAUUCUGUGGUAUUGGACUGAAACUUCAAUGGCGGACUGAUGGAGGCAAAGUAUCAUGUAUUAUUUCUUGUACUUCUCUUAUUUUCUUCUAAUUGUUUGUACAUCCGUACAGUUUGGGGGCAAAUCACGAAACCUAACAUAGUGCUUAUCACAGUGAAUCAAUUUGGUCUCAGUGACUUGAAUAACAAUUGGGAAUAUCUGAAAAAUAUCAGGAAACUUUCAAAAGAUGCGAUCCAGUUUAGCCAUGCCUACACGCAGCUUUACCAGACCUCGUCAAGGGCUGCCUUACUCACCGGUCGUCUACCGGUCAAAACUGGAAUGCUGAAGGGUAGGUUUCUUCCCUUUACUUCGCUGCCUUCGAUUGCAUCCUCGGGGGGCUUGCCAUUAACUGAGCAAACUUUAGCUGAGUUUUUGAGGAGAAAUGGUUACACAAACAAAUUUAUAGGUUUGUGGGAUCAAGGUUUAGGGAGCAAAGGCAAAUUUCUUCCGUUGAAUCAAGGCUUCAAUUCGUGGUUUGGUGUCGUAACGCAGCACAGCGAAUCAUGUUCGAGCCUACGGCAAAAAUCUCACAAGACGUUUGUUAAUGAUGAGGCACUGUCAAUUAUUCUCUAUUGUGUAUUUUGGUCUCUUUUUCUCGUGGCUUCAUUAUGGUGUCUUUGCUUUCUUAAAGCAAAAUUUAUAUCCUUGUUGGUUAUUCUGGGUGUUGUCUUAUAUGCAACCAGUAAUAGGACAACGUUUAUCAUGGUUCGAAGUUGUGUGCUCUAUAAGGACCGUCACAUAGUUGCCCAGCCAUACGACGUUGAAAACAUCACUUUGCGUUUUACUGAUGAGGCCUUGGGCUUUAUGAAAACUGCAGCACACCCCUUUUUUCUUAUGGUUAACCACCUUGCGUUAUCAAAGCCGUUAUUUGCUUCUCCUUUCUUUAAAAAUACUUCUGGAAAAAGUGACAUGUUCUUGGAUUCCCUCGCAGAGUUAGAUUGGAGUGUUGGCAGUAUUUUACAGUCAAUUGAAAAUUUAAAUCUAACUGAUGAUACUGUUUUUAUAUUCACUGCACUUUCUGGAGGUAUAAAUUUUAAUGAUAAUAGGCUGUGCAAUAGUUCCUCGGACAUGCAGGGGAAUCAAGAUGGUUGCCAUGGUUACUCUUUGAGAGGUAGGAAUUAACCCCCAUGUAUCCACAAUUUUCAUUAUGACGAAUUUUGCAUGAGAAUAUACCUUUUCAGAAAGUACGUCACUGUGGUUAUAGAGCCUCGUUUUCGUGAUUGGAAUGUUUGUGUUUGACCAAUGUUACAUUCAUGCAUGAAAGUGAGGCUCUGUAGCUAAAGUGUUGUAGAUGAAGCAUAGUUAAUAUAAUGGGAUAAAGCUACUACUACCCUGAGUUGCUCUAAACCAAAGAUUGCUGCUUGAAUCCCUCGCUGGUAAAGCAUAAUCUGAUAUAUUUAAUGUUAUAAAUGUCUUUAGCAUUGAGCUAUAGAUAUUUACAGUAAAAUUACAAGGUUGGUGCAUUAGCUAGGGUGCAAUUCCACUUAAAGUGUUAAAUUAAAGUUUUAAUUGAUAUAGUGCAAUUUGUUUACUCCUACAUAAGGUAACUACAGCACCCCUGACAACUGGGGAAAACAAAUACAAGUUCCACUGUUUAUAAAAUGGCCAAAGAUGCUGCAUUCUGGUGCAACAAUAAAUCAAACUGUCACACUGAUGGAUGUCAUGCCUACAAUAUUACACCUGACCAACACAAGCUAUUCUAAUGAGACAUUGAAUGGUAAAUCACUGGUUUGUCUUAUUAAAGGGACUACAGAAUCAUUGCAUUCAUAUGUAUUUCAUUAUUUGGAUGUCACUCGACCAUCUGCUGUAACUCACAAUGAGUAUAAAGCGUUCUAUAGUACCAUGUCAGGUAAUUGUGUAGUGGUUUUUGAAUAAACAUUGGCAUUGUUUAAACUAGUGAUGGAUGAUCUAGUCCAUCCAUUAGCUAGGUAAUUCAUCUAUAUUAGAGUAAAUGUUCACGUUUGAGAGGUCUGCAUAUUAGAGAGGUGCUCAUGUUAAAGAGGUUACCAUAUUGAGUCACUCCUCUUUUUGAGGAAAUUUCUGCCAUUUGGAGGAGAAGAGGAAAAUUUACUUUUGAUAAUAGUAAAAUGUACUUUUGAUAAUAGUAUAUCCAAAAGGAGUAGGAGGUUCCUUCCAAUUUUCUCCAUGGGAAAAGUGUGGUUGUUUUCUGGAAUGACCCAGUAGAGAGGUGCCCAUAUUAGAGAGAGAACCAUAUUAGAGACAUAUCCAUAUUUGAGAAAUGACCACAUUUGAAAGGUGCCCAUGUCAGAGAGGUUACCAUAUUAGAGAGGUGUCCAUGUUAGAGAGUUUAUCAUAUUAGAGUGGUGCAUGUGUUAGAAAGGUGUCCACAUUAGAGAGGUGCCCGCAUUAGAUAGUAAUGAUAUUAGCGAGAUGUACAUAUUUGAGAUGUGUCCACAUUAGGGAGGUGCCCCUGUUAGAGAGGUUACUGUAUUAGAGAGGUGCUUGUGGUAGAGAAGUGUGAAGUGUCCACAUCAGAGAGGUUCCUAUAUUAGAGAGGUGUUGACAUUAGAGGUGCUCAUGUUAAAGAGGUUGCCAUAUUAGGGAGGUUCCCCUGUUAGAGAGGUGCCUAUAUUAGAGAGAUGCCUAUAUUAGAGAGGUGCCUAUAUUAGAGAGGUUAGCAUAUUAGAGAGAUGCUUAUAUUAGGGAGGUGCCUAUAUUAGAGAGGUGCCUAUAUUAGAGAGAUGCCUAUAUUAGAGAGGUGCCUAUAUUAGAGAGGUGCCUAUAUUAGAGAGGUGCCUAUAUUAGAGAGGUGCCUAUAUUAGAGAGGUGCCUAUAUUAGAGAGAUGCCUAUAUUAGAGAGGUGCCUAUGUUAGAGAGAUGCCUAUAUUAGAGAGGUGCCUAUAUGAGAGAGGUGCCUAUAUUAGAGAGGUGCCUAUAUUAGAGAGGUGCCUAUAUUAGAGAGGUGCCUAUAUUAGAGAGGUGCCUAUAUUAGAGAGGUGCCUAUGUUAGAGAGAUGCCUAUAUUAGAGAGGUGCCUAUAUUAGAGAGGUUAGCAUAUUAGAGAGGUGCCUAUAUUAGAGAAGUGCCUAUAUUAGAGAGGUGCCUAUAUUAGAGAGGUGCCUAUAUUAGAGAGAUUAGCAUAUUAGAGAGGUGUUCAUAAGAAGAGCUUUGAUAGGCCUUUCCCGAUUGCGCUGGUAAAAUCCUAAAAAAGUGCUGGCAAAAAUGGCUAAAAAGUGCUCAAAAUCUCAAAAUAGUGCUAAAAAAGUGCUAAAAUUGUGAACAGUUACCUCUAAGAUUUUCGUAAAUUUUUUAAAAUCAGCAUUUUUUAAAAUCUGUUUCCACGUCUCUCUCCAUAUAUGGAACAAACUUCCGUAUAUGGAGUUGUUUACGACAAAAAAAAGAGAACUCGAAAAAGUCAGCGUUCUAAUUUUUCAACUGUAAUGUCAUAUGCAGCUGUACGGCUUUUCUUUUGGAGUUAUACCUAAAUUAUAUAUAAAAUAAUAGUAUAAUACCCGUCAAUUUUUAAACCUUACUCCGAACUGUAUGUUUAGUUAAUCGAGGUACGAAUCGAAUUCUAUAAUCGCUAACUUUUUGUUGCUCAAAAUUCGCUUGAAAUGUGAAAUAUUGCUCAAAAGUUGCCCAAAGUGCGAAAAAGUGCUCAACGUUGCUCAACAUGCAAAAUGGUGCUCCAAACAAAAAAAAGUGCUCAAAAAGUGCUCAGCGCAAUCGGGAAAGGCCUAAGCUUUGACUAUUCUUUUUUAGAUAAUGGACUUGUGCAUCAUGACCCUCCACUACUAUUCAACAUACGAAAUGACCCAGAAGAGACUUCCCCCCUCUCAGUUGAAGACUACAGCGAGCUGAUGGCAAAUAUAUCGGAAGCACGGGAAAAACAUGUAGAAAACAGAACUCGCAAGUGGAUAUCACAGUUUGAAUAUCCAAUAUUACCCUGGCUAUUUCCCUGUGCUGAUUUUCCUUAUUGCCACAGGAGAGAUGUUGGCAAACUAAAACACAUUGUAUUUAAUGACAGUAUUUUGUUUAACUAG